GCUGGGCGGGCGGGCUGGAGGGCACCCGGAGCGCCGGGAGACAGCGGAGCCUACAGCAGAGCACCGCGCACCCCGCUGUGCCCGCGUGCCCACCGCGCCCGCCACAGCACAGCCUUCCCCCUUUCAGGGCUGUGUGCGCCAGGCCUCAAUGAGGAGCCCAAACAUGGAGACCUUCAAACAGCAGAAGGUGGAGGACUUCUAUGACAUCGGAGAGGAACUGGGGAGCGGCCAGUUUGCCAUUGUGAAGAAGUGCCGGGAGAAGAGCACCGGGCUGGAGUAUGCAGCCAAGUUCAUUAAGAAGCGGCAGAGCCGGGCCAGCCGGCGGGGUGUGUGCCGGGAGGAGAUCGAGCGGGAGGUGAGCAUCCUGCGGCAGGUGCUGCAUCCUAACAUCAUCACGCUGCACGACGUCUUCGAGAACCGCACCGACGUGGUGCUCAUCCUGGAGCUAGUCUCCGGAGGAGAACUAUUUGACUUUCUGGCCCAGAAGGAGUCGCUGAGUGAGGAAGAGGCCACCAGCUUCAUUAAGCAGAUCCUGGAUGGGGUGAACUACCUUCAUGCCAAGAAAAUUGCUCACUUUGAUCUCAAGCCAGAAAACAUUAUGUUGUUAGACAAGAAUAUUCCCAUUCCACACAUCAAGCUGAUUGACUUUGGCCUGGCUCAUGAAAUAGAAGAUGGAGUUGAAUUUAAGAACAUUUUUGGCACACCAGAAUUUGUUGCUCCAGAAAUUGUGAACUAUGAGCCCCUGGGCCUGGAGGCUGAUAUGUGGAGCAUAGGCGUCAUCACCUACAUCCUCCUGAGUGGAGCAUCCCCUUUUCUGGGAGACACGAAGCAGGAAACGCUGGCAAAUAUCACAGCAGUGAGUUACGACUUUGAUGAGGAAUUCUUCAGCCAGACCAGCGAGCUGGCCAAGGACUUCAUUCGGAAGCUCCUGGUUAAAGAGACCCGGAAACGGCUCACAAUCCAAGAGGCUCUCAGACACCCCUGGAUCACGCCCGUGGACAACCAGCAAGCCCUGGUGCGCAGGGAGUCUGUGGUCAAUCUGGAGAACUUCAAGAAGCAGUAUGUCCGCAGGCGGUGGAAGCUCUCUUUCAGCAUCGUCUCCCUGUGUAACCACCUGACCCGCUCCCUGAUGAAGAAGGUGCACCUGCGGCCAGAGGAGAACCUGAGGAACUGUGAGAGUGACACAGAGGAGGACAUCACCAAGAGGAAAGCCCUCCACUCCCGGAGGAGGAGCAGUACCUCCUAACCGGCCUGGCUCUCAGGGGCCACCAGGGAGGCCCAGGCCCAGCAGGGCUUCCUUCUGUGCAGACUCCUGGUCUCCGUUGGUCACCAGCACCCAGGCAUUCUUCAUUCCUGAACAUUCUGCAAGAGAGACGGGUCUGCAGGAUUCUGAAGAGUUUGCAGGGGAGCCGGGAGACUGGGAGCUGUGGCCGUUCCCUGUGGAGGAGGUGCUGCCAUUCCCAAAGCUCUUAUCCUGCACAGAUCCGGCUCCCACCUGUCUGCCAACCUGAGAGCCUGGGGUGCGGGCGUGGCCUUAAGAAAACAAUGUAAAGGAACACUGUCAUCAAGGGUGAAGGUCAGACUCAGGCAGUUUUCCUCACAGGAUGAGGGAGUUCAGAACCAGCCUGGUCAGUAAUUAUACCAGCAGGACAGAGGCCUCCCCCAUGGGGCCGAGCCAGGUGAGUGAAGUAAAUCUUGGGGUCUGAGGGACCAAUCCUGUGACCUCCUAGAACCCACGUGGACUCAGCUUAUCAGGCCGACCAACAUAUCAGACUUUCUAAAGCAGCCCAUGGCCAGCCCACUGUAUUGUAACUUUUUUCAUUUUUAUUAAACGUUUGGUUUAGCUGA